AUGGCAAUCCCCGAAUCUCUCAUGAAAGAUAAUUACUUUAUUCCGGUGGAUAAUUCGCCGGAGAAGGCGGAGGAGAACGGUUAUGUUCAGGAUAAACCUAGUUUUACGUCUUCCUCUGCUAAGAAAACUUCUGAAUCGCCAGUAAAGGAGAAUUUGACUCCAUCGGCUACACCAACGACAGCCCCAAGUGAAAUUUCGCCAAGUGUAACUCAAAUGAAAUAUCGUUGGUCGUUUUCCUCUUCUAAGAGAAGCUUCGGAAGUAGUAAAGAUGAAGCCUUCUUUGAUACAAAUCAAUGGUUACAAUCCGAUUCUGAAGAUGAUUUCUUCAGCGUCAAUGGAGAGUUCACUCCUUCACGUGGAAACACUCCAAAGUGUAGUUUUUCAGAUAAACAUCCUCGUUUCCACAACCCUUUGUUCGAAGAAGAGAAGCCUCGAGCAGCAUCGUUUUCAUAUGCUCCAGCACCACGAAGGAAGAAACUAGCCGAGCUUUUCAGAGAGAGUGUAAGAGAACAACGAGAAGUAAUUUUUGAAGAAUCAUUAGAAAGUCAAAGUGAAGAAAGUAAAAAAUCAUCUGGUGAUAACUCUGGUGAGCUCGAUGUCAUUGAAGAUUCUGAAAAGGAUAAAUCUAUGAAUAACCAUCAUCGAUGUCUUCCUAGAUUAUCUGCUUUAAAGGGAAAUUUAAUGGAGAAGAGAAAGAAGAAGAAGAAAAAAAUUCGUAUGACAUAACACUGAAAUUUUGAAUCCCUUUUUAUUUAGAGUGAAUUAGCCCAAUAUCAUAUAAGAAGUAGCAAAUUAGGCAAAUGCCUAUGACACAAAAGUUGUGGGGAUCCAACAUAGAGAAAAUGUCAAAACUGACCUUAUGUCUAUAAAAAAGAGAUCACGACAAAACCGGUGAUAAUAGGUCAUAAGCUAAAUGAUAUAAAAAGUAAUUAGCGAAAAGCAAUAGAUCUCUCUCUCUUUCUUCCCUCUAUUAUUUUUGAGAGAGAGGGAAUUGCGUUAUUUCCCAUGCUUGAUCAAUCUGGUGUAGCGUCAACUCUCAACUGCUAACGGGGUUUGUCUAUAAAAGGAAGCCAACAAGCAAACUCUCACCAUAAAAAGCUGUCUAGUUAACAAAACCAAUACCACUCCUCCGUUUCUGUGUAUUGAUUGUAGACUUUGUAGUUACAGAAUCUUGUUUCGUGAUAUUUUAUUAAUACUAGUUACAGAAGCUGUCUAGUUAACUAAAAUA